CGUCAAGAUGUCUGAACGGCCAGCUUAUGGCUUAGCCUGAAAGAUAUAGGCUGUAGUUUUAUUUUUGGUUUACUUUUGCUUUUGUUUCGUUUGGCGGCGUGGACUUCGUGUUAGAUGGGGUCCAGCAGCUUACCAUGAAACUCCGGGUGCAGAAUGACAGGAGUGAUUCCAGAAGAGCACUGAAACUGAGAGAGUCUCCUACUGUAAUGCAGCCUAAUUCAAGUGAGCGGGGUGCUCAUGCAGAAAAUGGUUUAUCCCUAACUCUGCAACCAGAGCUUCUCACCAGGACGCCAGUACCUGGUGCUGCUGCUGCCACCCCUGAGAACAGCGAGGUCCGGGUACCGAUGACCGGCGGGGCUGCGGAGUCUAGUGGAGGCGCCUCAUCCAGAAGGUGCAGGGUCAACUCCCACGGCCACUCCCAUUCUCAGACACACGGACAUAGUCGGGCGCAGCACCACUCCAGUUCAGAGCCUGAACUUGACCCACCUGACUCUGAUCUGGACUCCGGUGAACCCAGCACCUCCUUGUCUGAGCUUCGCUGUCUCUUCCGCUGGCUCCAAAAGAGCCUUCCUUUCCUCGUCCUCCUGUGUGCUAAACUGGUCAUCCAACAUGCUCUUGGUCUAGCUGUUGGGGUUGGCCUCUUCACGACUUUCCUAUAUGUGAAUAAAAGCAUUCAAACUCAAGUCUUUCUUCAGGACCGGCACUCAAAGCUGCAGUGUGUAUGGCUGCUAGUGUUCCUGAUCUCCUCCACCCUCCUGCUUUACUACACCUUUCUCCCUGAGACACUUUACUAUUGCCUCAUCUUCCUCAGUCCAACCAUUGAGCCACUGGGUUUCUGGGAGGUUCUAUGGGCUGUCGGCAUCACCAACUUCAUGAUAAAAUUCCUCUUUAUGGGGAUUAAGUGCCUUAUUCUGCUGUUGCCAUCGUCACUGGCGACCUACAGAACCCAGGGGCGGUGGCUGAUGCUGACCGAGGAGGUGGGUCAGGUCCACCAGGCCAUAGCUCCUGUUUCACUGUGGUUCCGCUACCUGGUGACCUACCAGGAGGCUGACGGCACUCCUGGGCUCACACUGGGGGUCCUGCUGGCUUUGCUCUACCUCAUACUGAAGCUUUUAGGAUUGUACGGACAGUGGACAUCUUUACUGAAAACUGUGAGGAUAUUUCUAAAGGGCGAGCAUACAGGCUCAGCAGCCACCAGGAGUCAGUGCAGCGAGGCUGGAGAUGUCUGCCCCAUCUGUCAGGGAGAGUACAGGGAGCCUCGGGCUCUACUCUGUCAGCACAUAUUCUGUGACGAAUGCAUCGCUCUGUGGUUCAACCGGGAGAAGAGCUGCCCUCUCUGCCGCACCGUGAUCACAGAGAAGGUCUACAAAUGGAGGGACGGAGCCACAUCACCACACCUGCAGAUUUAUUGAUUGAUAAGGCACAGGUGGGCUGCUUUUGGUGUGGGACAUUGGUAUUAGCUUGUAUUUAAUGUGAUUUAUCUAUGGCUCUCAAACCCCACUGACUAGUAAUGUUGUACACACUGUUUCAUUAAUCAGCUAAGGGCUGUGCCCCCUGUGGGCAGAGGUCAGUAAGGACACACGACUUGCACCUUUUGUAGGUUUGUUUCUGGCUUAUUUACGAGUACAUACCUACUAGUGACCUCACAGACAAUGGAAAGUUGAUAACUUUCAUGCCCCCAAGUAUUUUUUGAUUCUUCUGCUUUAAGUUGUUUCCUCUUGUGUUUUGUUGCUUAUAUUCACCUUUAAUCUUAAUAUAAACUUUCCUCAUGGGGCAGCAAAUUGGUCUACUUCCACUGUUUCUUCUACUUGUAAAUACAGGAACAUCAGAGAAAUCUAUAAAAAAAAGUAUUUUAAACAGCUUUUUCCUCUCAUACUUUUGAACAAACAUUCAACACAUGAACCCUUUCUUGUCCAGUGUUUCUAAAUUUGUGGAAGCGACUUUUUGGAUUUGUAACAAUAAGUUUGUCGAGGUAAGCAGCUGCAUGCCUCUGCUCACGGGUGCUUGCUGAAUUUUGCUUUAGAUGUAUCUUUGAGCUUGAAUGGGUUAAAAUAAUGUGAGAUUGGAGGGCUGACAGCUAGCAUACUGUACAGGCUUCCAGGACGCCCAGUAACAGCAAUGUCACAUGGUCCAGUAAUGACCAGCCUGCAUCCAGGCACUGAAGACGGACUAAAGAAUCAGUUACGUGAUGGAUUAAGAGUUUGCCCUUUGCUUUCAGCUUUUGGUGACUAUUUUUGUCUGGUAAAAAGGAUGCAACUGAGCUCGUGAGAUUGAUUUACACAUAAAUUAUUUUUCUAUAGAGCCUCGUUUUUUUGUAAAAACCAAAGACUGGGAGAAACAUCUAUUUUAUUAUGUACGAAAAUCAUUUCACUGUGUUGUUGUUUUUAUCCAUUGAAAUCCUGAUCCGAUCUGAAUAAAGGUCAACAUUUGAAUGACA